AUGGGAUCUGGCAUGUACAAAAUCAACAUGAUGUUCAUGCGCCGACCUAAAGGCGACGAAAUGGAUUCCAAUGUCGAAUUCUUCAUCGACGUGGCGCCUAAUCAAAUUCUUGUCACAGUCCAACAAAGAAGCGUGGUUCUUGAUGAUAAUCACGCCAUCACAAUGGAGGAUCAGCACUUGAAGUACCUGGUCUGGGCAACGUUCAUGUUCUUGCAUCCCUACUUCCACCUUUUUCAGUGGGAAGAAAUGGGCCUUCUCUGUCAAGAUCUAGACAAUACCCAGCCCUAA